AUGGAAGGGAUGGAGGAGGAGGCAGCGGCAGCGGCAGCGGUCAAAUCUGCCGGCGGCAGCCCUCAAGGGCCCAAGAUAGUGACCAGAACAGCCAGCCCCAUGAAAGUGACAGCUGUGGAAAGAAGUGGACGGGAGCAGCAGCCGGAUAAUGGUCACCUCCCAAGGCCCUGGCUGUGCCCUCAGGAAGAUGGAACACCCAGCCUGAUGGCCCCCCAGCCUCCCAUGGCAUGGAGGGUGGAGGUCCAAGGCCCCUCCGUGCUGGAGUUCAAGGUGAGAGCCUUGAAGGAGAAGAGAACAGCAGGCAAGCAGGGGGCAAGCCCUGGCCCCACCUCUCAUGAGCACUCAUCCUCCAAGAAAUCCAAAUGCAGACGGGUCAAGGGAGGUGGAACCGGGGCCUCAGCAGAGGGCUCUUCCCUGCCAGAUACGUUAGUAGUUGCCCAUGCUCACAACCUGACUGAUGGGCAGCUGGACGAUAGUGUCAAUGAUGAGGAACCUCCAAGGAACGGGUGCCCCAGAACCCCCAGGCCACCUGCCCCGGGGGUGGAGUGCUGGAGCAGGAGGAGCCCGUGGCCUCUGGAAGCAGCAUGGACGCUGCCUGACCAUGAGAGAGGGCUGCUGCCAGGGCCCAGCUCUUUGCAAGAGAGCCCCAUCCACAGGGCUGAACCAAGCUGGCCAGGAGGUCCCGAACCUUGUAACAAAAUCACCCACAUAUCCAACCUGAGGAAGGGAAGGUCAUAUCCCCUUCAAGAUGGUCUGGCUACAGGAGGAGAUGUAGACAGCACCUCCCUGACCUCUGAGGAGGACUUGGUCUCCAGGACACCUUUGCUGGGGGCACUCUGCAGACCUGGCGACCUGGGGAUCCUGGGUACUGGGGGCAGUGCCUUGUCCCUGUCUGAUCGGGUGGAGAGGAACCGUCUUCUGCUGCAGGAGAUGCUGAGUGUUUCGGGACAGGGCCCCCCCAAGGCCUGGAGUCCAUCCUGGGACCAAGCUGUACCAGAACAACCAGCAGGGGAUGUGGACUGGGACUCAGGUAUCUCCCUGCAGGACUUGGAUCAGAACAGAACCUUUGGGCCCAAGCCCGAGCCCAUGCUGAGCCCCAGGCAUGAGGAAGCCAAACAUCUGCUACAGCAUCCCCGCAUGAAGGCCAGGACUCGGCCCCUCCGGGCCAGCCACGACAUUAUCCCCACCAUUGCCCCGGGCAGCCGAGAUGUCCGGAGGAGCCCAGCCAUGGACCCGAGGAUAGCCUUUUCCUGCAGAGACAGCCCCCAGAACCGGAACCUGAGUGACUCCUCCAGCGAGGAGUCCAGCAGCGGGCUGUGGCCGAAGCGGGGAGCCUCCCCCUCCUCCCACGUCCGCUUUGAGGAUGAAUCUGCCCACGACGUCGAGUUCCGUUACCUGGAGCGGCUCCAGCAGCGCCAACGCCAGGUGCUUUUGCGGGCGGUGGACCAGGGCCCCCUACGCUCCAAGCCGGACCUUGCCAGCUAUAUCAGUGGGGGUGUAAGGCGCAGGGACACUGCAGAAGGGGCACUCCAUGGGCUUGCAGGCGGGCUGCACAGCUGGGGUAUCUCACCGCCGCCACCCACACGGGACAGUGAGAGGAAAUGCCAAGCCUGCGGCAACUGUAUCCAGCAGGAACACUCCAAAGAGGGGAAGACACCCCUAGGCCCGAGUGUCCUACAGAGGAUCGAAGCUGGCUGUGAGGUGGAAGGGGUGCUGGUGGAGCCCCAUAGCGCCUGGGGCCUGAGCUCCCAGGUCAGGCUCCUCCUUGCUGAGCCAGGGCUCCACUCAGAGAGGAUCCGGGAAACGCACAUCGGAGACAUCCUUCAGCCAGAGGAGGUGGACUCCGCCCUGGACAGCACCGAUGCCUCUGACAGCUGCAGGACAGACAGUGAAGAGGCUGGGACUCCGCAGCCCAGCAGGGCUCGGGGCCGAAGCCGUGGCUCCAGGCCUAGAGGAGGCCACAGGUGGUCCAGGAACAUGGAGCCUCCCCGGGGCCCUCAGGCCCAGCAUCAUCUGCUUGGGGUUGACCAUGUGGAGGUUGGAGAUGAAACAAAAGAAGUCAGAGGACACACUCUGGCAGGGACUCUGUUUCCCAGAGAAGAUGCUGUCCCUAAGCCUCCUGCCCUGGAAUCUAAGAGGGCUUCCCUUGGGUCCGAGUGGCAGCCUGGACCUAGGCUAGAUAAUUGUUGGACUCACCUGGCAGAUUCCCAAGCUCCAUGCAGGACAGCUUAUGCCGUGACCUCAUCCAUGAAGUUUGGGCUUUCCGGGCCAGGCAGGCAAGCUCCAGUUGUAGAAAACCAUGAGUCUCUGGAAAUGGCCUCCACUUCUUCCCUACAACAGAACCACGCAGAGCCCUCUGUCCUCCACCAAGCCCAGCAGCCAGCUGCUUCCCCCUCCUUGGAAGGCUGGGUGCCAACUCCUCCCAAUUCAAGGAAAACAGCCUCUUCACCUGCGCCUCACAGGAAAGCAGCCCUGGCUGGGCCCCGCAGGCCAGGUAACCAGGGAGACCCUUUGGACACUCCCCUGCCUCCUUCAAGAACUGUGAUUCCUAGAACCUGUGACCUCACCCCCCUGCAGCCCCAGCCCUGCAGCCCCCAAGUAAGGCACCCACUGCCAGUGCUGUCCGCCAACAACUGCAACAAUGGUGCACCUAUGGGGCUGCAGGAGCCCUGGGGAGAAGCCACCCCUGAGGGCAGUGUGGAGAGGGGCCCCUGCAGCCAGGAGCUAGAACUGUCCCUGGAGAACAGCAAAGAAGGAGGACUCCAGGGCUUUCCCAGCCCAGCAGCCAUUGGCAUCAUCAGCUCCAUGGGUACCACCCUCUCCCUGGCCUCGGAGGAGCCAGAGCCCAGCCAGGAGCCAGAGGGAAGCCUGCAGAGGACAGAGUCGAGGUCUGGAGGGCGUGUGCCAUCGGGAGAUUCACCAGGGGUCAGCGCAAGACCCAGCUCACCCUCAGCUGCCCCGUCUGAAAAGAGCAAGAAAAACAGCAGCAGCAGCAUUGCCUCCACGCUGGGGUUGAAAAAGUUCUUCAUGGCCCUGGGCCAGAGUACCCGGCCCAAGCUGGGCAAGUCUCGUAGCUACAGUGUGGAGCAGCUGCAGUCCCCUGUACCUGGCCCAUCAAACGCCAACACUGCCAAAGUGAAGAGAGCCCCAUCGUUACAGUCCUUGUAUUUGGUGUCAUCCUCUCACCAACAUCGGAAAGCUGCCUCCUUUCAGAACCUCCAGUCUCUGCUAAGCAGCAAGGUGGACCGAUCCAGCUUCUACUUGGUAGGGGAGCCAGGGGACCACAGUGCAGGUGGCAGGCCAGCCAAGGCCCCACCCCGGCGUGCCCUCAGCGUGGAGGAUGUGGGUGCCCCCAGCCUGGCCCGCACAGUAGGCCGCGUGGUGGAGGUGUACCCGGAUGGCACGAGCCAGCUGCUGCUACAGCGCUCCCCAGAGGGUACUUUUGGCUUCUGUGUGGCUUCCGGGAAUGGGCGCCGUGACUCAGGGUUCUACGUGCAGGAGAUGGCUGAUGCCAGCACGGCCAAGCUGUAUUCAGGCCUGCUGGGGGUGGGGGAUGAGCUCCUUGAGGUGAACGGGGCCAAGGUGGCAGGGCUGGGCUUGGCUCACAUUAAGGAGCUCCUGGCCCACGCAGAGAGCUUAUCAGUCCGUGUGCUGAGGCAGAGGCCUGUCCCACGGUGA